CCUGACACGAACUUCCAAGAACUCAAGAAGUGCAUUAAUCGCUGGUCUGUUUUACACCAAAGACUCGUUUUUGUCUAGGUUUAGGCUCACACGGGGAACAGUUAAGACAGGGGUGAUGUUCUGAUGGUUAAAAUAGCUGUUAUCAAACUAUAAUCAUUGUAAACUAGAGGUACAUUAACCAUGGCCUUACAUUCGACUCGGAUAUAUGUGUUGUACUUGGUCCUAUCCCCAGUUUUAUUGCAAGGAUUAUUUGUGUCAACUGCAGGAGAAGUAACACCAGUGAAUCCUCUAGUUGAGCUUGGAAAUUAUAUUGAACUAAACUGUACAUUGACAGGGGAUGUUGCCCCCUUCAACUCAAGCCACCUCUAUUUCCAAGCUGGCUCCAAAGAAAUCUCAUCAGAAUUCUAUGCGAUCCUGUCUCCAACUAUAAUGACAUACAAAGAGAAUAUGACAGGACAAUACACUGGGAGUCAACCAUUUUAUUGCUACUUGAACAAUAGCAUGAACGGUACAUACAUUGGAGGACAGGUGGCUAAAAUAGGAAGGAAACCAUUGAUGCCAACAAAUUUCCAUGCUAGGUUUAAUAACUGGAAUGAUGGACAUUUUUCCUGGGAACCUGUGCAGAAGAAUGUUACUUACCUGCAUACAACAACCAUUGUUUUAUACAGCUUUGCAUAUGGCGAUGGUCCGUAUCAAUGUGGUGUGAGCCCCAUAUGCAGCUGUACUGAGAAUCAUUGUUAUUUCUCGAGAAUUAUACAGAGCCAGCCCAUAUUGUAUUUGUUUCUGACAAUAGAGAAUGAGCUAGGACUUAUAAAACAAGUUCAAAGGAUCUAUAUGAAGGAUCACAUGGUUCCUUAUGCUGUAAAUAAGGUGAAGCUCAUUGUUGACAGCAGUGUUGCAAUCAAUGUUACUUGGGAGCCAAAUGGAGAUAAACCAAUCAGAUCAAUCAUGUACAGAGUUCUAUAUAAGAGGGAUGACAAGCAUCAAUGGCAGAAUGCUGGUGAGACAGACAGGACUUGGUUUCUUGUGGAAGGGCUACAUCCAUAUCAAAACUACACUUUUGAUGUGACUGUUAAGGUCGCCUCUAGGAAUAGCUCUGAUCCUGAAGCAUGGAGUGACAGUAAACAGGACAAAGCAAGGACUAAACAAGACAUCCCUGCUAGAGGGCCAGGCGUCCAUGGAGGUGGAUUUGAAAUAAGAAACUUGAAUCAAACUGAUUCCACACGAACAGUUGUUCUGUAUUGGGAGGAUAUCCCACAAGAAGAUAAGAAUGGCAUUCUUAAAGAUUGUCGUGUCCGUGAUGUAUCAGAAGAUGGUCCUACAAUCUCAUAUAAUGCUGCAACUCUGUGUGUUGUUCCUGCAGAUAGGAACAUGUGCUCCACCACAUUAAAACAGGACCGUGUAUACAGAUUGGUGGUUGAGUGUAGAACUGAAGUUGGGUAUAGUUCUACCUUACAAAACUUUAUUGAAGUACCCAGAGCUGAACAAGUGUUUCCUGUUCAACAACUUGUUGCCCUCAGUGAUAUAAAUAACGUCACAGUGAGGUUCAAUAUUGGGCCAUCAGAACAAGCAACUGUAGUAUAUUGUCCAAGACAGGGGUUCAGUGACAAAGUUUGUAAUGGAAAGAAACCCAUUGUACUUCAAGUCUUGGAGUAUGGGGUAACAAGCCAUAUGAUGAGUUUAGAAGGGGCAACUAAUAACUUAUAUGGUGUGUCAGUAUUUAAUGGGAAGAUCCAUUCUGGGAUAAAUUGGGCAGAUUGCUUGUAUGAUUAUUCCAUACCAAGGGUUAAAGCUCCUAAAGAAGUUGUUGCCAUUGAUGACUCUGGUAUCAGUGAAAGCUUAACUGUCUCAUGGAAAUCAUAUCUAUGUAGUGAGAUGAAAUAUCCAGUCUUAGGAUGGAUUAUCCGCUACUAUCCAGAGAAUGAUAUUUCUAAUGUCACAGUACAUAAUGUUACCGGAGCAAACAAACUCCGGGUAACAAUACCAGGAGUACCAGAGGGUAAAUAUUGUGUUGAGAUGUCAUCAUACUCUGAGGGAGGUCAUCAGAGUUAUCCAAGUAAAUGUGUGAUUGUCACUUCAAGAUUCAUAGGACUGAGACUCUGGCAUUGGGGACUAAUUGCAGCUGUUUCUGUUUUUGUAGUCCUAUUAGCUGGAAUAGGAUUAAGUGUCUGUUUGAAACGUGGAAAAGAAGGGAUUAACUGGUUUAAGAAAUCUGCAACACAACAAAUUACUGUGCCAAUUGUAAUGUUUGAAAGUAUAGAUGCUAAUACUUCACAUUUCGGGGGUUCAGGUAGACAACCUCAAGAUGGAUACACUGAUCCAGAAUCUACCAACAGUGGGACACCUUUCUGUCUAGAGAAUAUUAGUAGUGGACAGACUGAUGACUUUUUAUCCCCUGUGGGCUCUGUUAAAAGACAAACCAGCGAAGACAGUGGGAUUGUGGCAAAUGGUGGGACUCAUUUGAAUAAUGGCUUUAGCCAUAGUCUCAAUACAGUUCCUGAAGCUAAUGGGACUGUGAGUGGAAUUUCAUGUGAAACAGAGUCGGGGUCAUCUAUCAUGUCUGUGACAUCUAGUGCAUCACCAACCCAAGUGCCCAGAGAUAACUAUGUGAUGAAAUAUGAGGGAAAGGUACCAAGAAGUAACUAUAUAUCUCCAGAGGUUAGCAAUGAACUUGGCUUUAAUGAAGAGAGCCAGCUGUCAAGUAAUUUAUCAAGCAACCCAUCCAGUCAGCCAGUAAAGCACUAUUCAAAAUUUGGAAAAGGAAACUCUGGAAAUAGUUCUGGAACGAGUGGAAGUGGGAUUCAGUCAUCACCAGGGACUAGUGCUGGCUCAAGUGGAAUUCCUAGAGAGUUGGUCAUUGAGCCUUCUCCAAAUGUUCCAACUACUAUAUCAGCUACUAGCAUAUGA